AUGGUGCGAAAUAUCCAUUAUAAUACGACGGACGAGCGGUUUGCGGCGCACUUUGCGAAGUACGGAGUUCUGGAGGAUGCGGCCAUCGUGCGUGAGCGUUCGGGUCGGUCUAAGGGUUUCGGGUUCGUGACGUUCGCUGACAUCCAAGCGAUGCGGCAGUGUUUGGAUAGCGCGCUGCACCUGGACGGACGCAAGCUCUUCGUAAAGGUGGCCGCGGACCCUUUCAGCGAAUUUAUGGUGGACGGUGUGCCUGUACAGGGCCGCUGUUCGCGCCGUAAGAUCUUUGUUCGCAACCUCGGUCUCCAUUGUGACGCAGACGCCCUCCGCGCCUACUUCAGUCACUAUGGCCCCAUCGAAGACUGCGCCGUCGUCUACGGCCCCAACGGCGUCUCCAAGGGCUUCGCCUUCAUCACCUACGCCAAACAGGACAGCGCCGUCCGAGCCGCCGCCGAACCGCAACAAACUCUAUGCGGACGCGUCGUCUUCGUCAGCAUGGCCAAGUCCGCCUGUGGGGCCAAAGACCACAACCUGGAACAAUUCGACCACGCCGAUCGAUACGCCUUCGCCAACCCGCAAAACGCGCCCAUCGCACAGUACACUAACGCAUUCACUAAUGCGCACCUCAAUGCACAGUACAAUAACGCACAAGCCGCCCACGCUAAUGCGCAGCACGCGAGUGCGCAGCACACGAGUGCGCACCACCCCGACCCGUCCUCGAGUGCGUUCCAGUCACGCGGUUAUAAGACGCAUUUGUCUACAAACAAGACUGAAUUUAAAGCUGAACCCAAGAAUCUCCGGAAAGCCGGAUACAGCCCUCUGGACUAUUCCACUGAAUUCCCCAUUGCAUUUCCCUUGGAUGAGGAGUUCAGGAAUCACGACGAGGAAACCAUAAAUUGCCUGCUAAAACGGUGUCUCAAGGAUAAUGCCACCAGAUCACCCACCCCCAAAGAAGUGGACGACCCCCCGGCUAGUGCUGCAGAGGACGCCAAUCCUUUUAGGGCACCCGCGGAGUUCAUGUUUAACCCUUUUACGUCCGCAUACGGCCAGAUGAACCCUUUCGGACGGCUCGAAGACGACAUGGAGCGGGAAGUUUCAAAGUCACCGUCCGGCACCCUUUUGAGGAACAGUAACACCACCACCAAGAACUCCUCGACGCUUGACAGUUCGUUGUUGAAGGAGAGUCUCGGAUCGCCCUCGUCCGCCAGUAGUGAUGGGCUCCAUUUUUUCUGGCACCCGUCUUCCUCCGGUUGUCACCCCUCUGGAUCCCACCUUCCUUCUUCUGGCUGCGCUGUGGAUAACCCCGCCGUGGAUAAUACCGCCUUGUGUAAUGCUUCCAGUCACUUGGGAACCAGCUACUUAGAAGGAGCCAGUCAUUCAGGAGGAGCUAGUCGCUUAGGAGCGAGUCAGUUGAGGGAAGCAACUGCCAUAGAGGGUUGGGGUCAGCGUUUCACUGAGUACGCUUGCGGGAUGAAGGAUACCGUUUUUUAA